AUGAUCGACACCCCGCCGCCGGCUGACCACUUAACCUCGCAAAGUGUGAAGACGAGCCAGCCGAGUUUACUUCAGAAUGACAAGAUGUGGAGCCCGGUCCCUUCGGGGGUUAAUCCUUUCGCAUAUCUCAUGGAACGCAGUGCUUCUAAGGGCUCAGCACCGAUGUCCGGACUCACCAAAAUCCUUUUGCUUAUUUUUUUCAUCAUCCAUCUGCUGAUUGCGAUAUUCUGCUUGGUCAUUCUCGUACUGCCAUGUUUUCGAGGGACGAUACGGUCUCAUUGGCUUUUCAGGAAGCUGUAUAUCAGGGAUCACUCUUUUGCGGGAAACGUUUCUAGAGCCCCUUUGUACUGGGUCAAUGGUGGUAUCGUGAUGACGGCGUCCCAGUUGAUGGGCUCCGCGGCCACUGAAGCGUACAUCGUGCUUCAAUUUCUGAUAGCACACUCAGCACAGUAUGCUCUUCAUGCCCAGGUGGAACCGGCCUUGGCAAUGAUGUGCGUGUGCGAAAUGCUUACUUACUGGAGUCAGAUGCAUUGUUUCGUGGUCGCAAUCUACUAUAACCAUAAGGCUAUGACCCAUGACGUCAGACGAUGGGCACCAUCACCGACUUUCGUCAAUUUUUUAUUCCUUGGUUUCCCGUUGGUACUCGUCGUUGCCACUCUCCCGCCAGUGAUUGGGUUAUCCAUAAUUCAUAGACAACUCACAGUCAGGGUAAUUCAGACUAUCGAGACCUUGGGGCAAAGCUCGUUCAUCUGGGAACGAAUGAGAGUGUCAACGUCCGAUGAAGAGAAAAAACAGCUUACAAUCGAGCUAACUCGCCUCGUGUCUCGAGCAAAAGAUCUCGGCGAUAGCGUCGGCAUCCGGAUCGAACGUCUUCGGGUUUGCUUUUAUUCUUUUCUCUGGGAUAUGUUAGCCCAACUCUGUAUAACCAUACUGCUUUUUAUCAUUGUAUUUUCGAUAUUCCUUCGCAAAGUGCAACGAAAGGAAGUUCAAUCGGGCCACGAGUCUUCUAAAUCCGGUACUUUUCGUCGCUGCCGCUGGUUUAAACUCAAGAAUCCGACAUCCACGAGUGAGGUCAAGCUCAGGAGUUCUCCAAACACAGGCCAUGAAGAAUCCAGUAGCUCUAAUCGGGGUACACUUAAUCGGCAAUUUGCGUAUCUGAUUCUCAGGGCGUCGUUCAUCGUCAUCGCGAUCGCUACUAGUAUUACUUUAUGUCUUUUGGGGAUCAUAAGAACACGUGAUGGUUCUGGCCAAACCCCUUAUUGGCGAGCUGUCAUGACGUGGCUGCCGCCUCUAGCUGGCACAUGGUCGGCAUUCCCGAUCGCCUGGCAAUGUUGGGGUUUAUACAACGACGAAUUGAAUGGAACCCUUAGAAACUCAGCAACCUCCAAUGAUUCCCCUUCAGCGGGGCAAACAAUCGACAAGAGCGAAAUCCCCCCUAAGCGUUGGGAAUGCGAGUUAGAAGAAAUCGAAAUCCGAGUUUUUCCAAUGAGAAGUAGCCCCCGUCAUGAGCCGUAA